AUGCCACUUUGCCUCCUUUCAAGCUGUGGCGAAGGAGGUCAGCGUGGCUUCCCCGGCCAGCCAGGAAUCUCCGGACGUGGACCUCCAGGUCAACCCGGACAUCCUGGACCUAAAGGUCUGAAAGGGAACAGAGGUGUCCCUGGGCAGAGUAUUGAAGGUCCUCCAGGUCGUCCAGGGCUUCCAGGACCUCCUGGCUCACCUGGUCCUCUGGGCCCACCAGGUGACAUUAUCUACGUGAAGGGGGAACCUGGAAGCCCAGGCCCUCCCGGACCAAAGGGUAUUGCUGGUUUGCAAGGUGCAAGAGGAUUCAAAGGUGAUAAAGGUGAACUCUGUGAUAUAUGCAAUGGCGUUCCACAUCCUGGCCCUCCCGGGCCUCGCGGGCCUCCUGGAGAACCUGGUAGAAUUGCUUUUCCAGGCCCAAAGGGAAAUCCUGGUUUUCCAGGUGAAAAUGGAAGGACUGGUUUCCCGGGUUCUCCAGGGCCUCCUGGUUCUGAGGGAGCACCAGGACCGAAGGGUGAUCCAGGGAACAAUGGUGAACAAGGUGAAAAAGGAGACAAGGGUUAUCCAGGCUUCCCUGGAAAUACAGGAGAACCAGGAAGGGAUGGAACAUCUGGUCAACCAGGCCUGCAAGGACCCCGUGGAAUCAAGGGUGACCCCAUGAAAUUUCCACCACAAGGUGAGCCAGGUCCUCGCGGUGCCCCAGGUGUCCCAGGUAUCCCAGGACCUAUGGGAUUCCCAGGACCAUCUGAGUCUGGACCUACAGGUGCACGAGGUCCCAAAGGCGAGCGUGGAGAACCUGGCCUUCAGGGACAUUGUGGUCCCCCAGGUGCAAAAGGACAGAAUGGUGAAUGCAUGAAUGUCCCAGGACCCCCAGGGCUUUGUGGUGAAAGAGGAAGGUUUGGGCAGCCAGGUGCUCAAGGUAAUCCUGGAUCUCAAGGCAGAGUUGGUCCUCCUGGUGCUCUGGGAGAAAAAGGAGAGAGGGGUCCAUCGGAGAAAGGACCACCAGGCCCUGAUGGUCCUAAAGGUAACCCAGGGCUUCCAGGAUUCAUUGGUCCUCCAGGAAUUCCAGGAAGAGCAGGAUCACCUGGGAUACCAGGAGUGCCAGGAACACCAGGUCCUAAGGGUGACAAAGCUUGUGGACCACCAGGCCCACCUGGCCCACCAGGUCCUCCAGGAAAUGUGGGACCACUAGGGGAGAAGGGUAAUGCUGGCUCCUGUGGGCCCCCUGGAAGUAAAGGGUGUUCUGGUCGUCGGGGGUCUCAAGGUCCAAGAGGUGAGCCAGGAAACAGAGGCUUACAGGGGCCAAGAGGUUCAUGUGGACCCCCAGGAAGAAGCAUACCUGGACCCACAGGUGCCGAGGGCCCACCUGGACCAGCUGGUUCUCCAGGAUUACCAAGUAGAGGACCUAUGGGUGAUCCAGGUAUUCCAGGAACUGGCAUUCCAGGAGCUCCUGGAGUUCCUGGGUGUGAUGGAAAUCCAGGCUCUGCAGGCUCUCCUGGACCAAGAGGCCCAUCAGGACAACCAGGAUGGCCAGGAGCACCAGGAAUAUCAGGUCCCAAAGGUGAACCCGGUGUUAUGGGAGAGCCGGGGUCUGCAGGGUUAACUGGUCCUCGAGGACCUCAAGGCCCAAGUGGAGACAGAGGUUGCAGAGGUCGGACUGGACCAAAGGGUAUAAAGGGUGUGAUCGGAAUAUGUGGUCAAAAAGGUGAAAAGGGAAUGAAAGGCAUUUCAGAUGAAGUGACAAUCAAAGGUGCAAUAGGGGACCCUGGACCUCCAGGACUGGAUCAAGGAACAGGAGCAAAGGGUGACAUGGGCUGCAAUGGUGAUCCGGGCACCAGAGGUAAAGAGGGACUCCCUGGUCCUCCAGGUCCUGAAGGUCCACCGGGUGAUCCAGGUCCAUCUGGAAAUUUGGGAUAUCCAGGGCCUCCAGGACCUCUUGGAUUAAUAGGCCCAAUGGGCCUCCCAGGUGAGAAAGGAGCAAAAGGAUCCCUGGGAGCACCGGGCAGUUUCGGUGUUCGUGGGCUAGACGGUCCGUCUGGUCUGAAGGGUGAUAAAGGUGAACCAACCAUUACCCAUGGUCCUCCAGGCUAUUCCGGACCAAAGACCAUGAUCAGAUGGGCAUUGUGGGCCCCCGGUGAGAAAGGUGACCCAGGCCAAUCAGGUUGUCCAGGUCCUGCAGGUCCUAAAGGAUGUAAAGGACCGGACGGGCACCCCGGUUUACCAGGGAGUUCAGGUGUCCCAGGUCCUCCAGGAAUACCAGGAAGGCCUGGACUUCCAGGAGCAACAGGUGAAAAAGGCAAUCAAGGUCGUGAUGGCAUUCCAGGCCCUCAUGGACCUAAAGGGGAUAUGGGACUUGCUGGAAGAGGAGAGAAAGGUCCAGAUGGCCCUCCAGGCCCACAAGGUGCCAAAGGAGAUAGGGGUCCCCCUGGUGAUGAUAAUGAAGAGGGCCUUCCUGGUCCAAGAGGUGACCCAGGUCCUCAAGGACCACAUGGACCUCCUGGUGAACCUGGCUCACCUGGUCCCGCCGGAAUGAGUAUUCAAGGUCCCAAAGGAAACAGAGGUCUUCAGGGCUCCCCUGGGCCAGCAGGUAACCGUGGACCAAAAGGUUCGCCCGGACUGCCAGGACAGGAUUAUCUAAAAGGAGAUAAGGGCUCACCGGGUAUCCCAGGAACCCCAGGCAGUCUAGGUGACAGAGGUGACAGGGGUGCACCAGGACCACCGGGAAUCCCUGGUGCUUCAUUCCCAGGUCCCAAAGGUAACCGGGGUUUAACUGGUACUCCGGGGUUCCCAGGUUCACGAGGUGACAAAGGGGCCCGGGGACAGGUAGGAGAUGCCGGUCCACCAGGACUGGUUGGACGACCAGGUCCAAGAGGGUUGCCUUUCAUCGUCGUUACAAGUGCUAUGAAGGGUGACCAAGGACCUCCAGGUGCACCAGGGCCUGCUGGAGAAUGUGGGAGUCCUGGACCUCCUGGUCCACCUGGAUGCAUUGGAAAUGCGGGUCCACCUGGUCCAUUUGGUGAUAGUGGGUUUCCUGGAGGUAUGGGACAUCCAGGACCAAAGGGCUCCCCAGGAUGUGAUGGACCGCCAGGACUGAAGGGAUUUCCAGGUCCAAAAGGAAAGCAAGGAAAUAAGGGAUACCCUGGCACAUGGACACCGGUUAUCCAAAGUUUCAUCUUUACAAGACACAGUCAAUCCAGAGAGAUACCGCUGUGCCCAAGUGGCACUAAACAGCUAAGUGUUGGCUACUCUCUCCUCUUUGUGCAAGGCAACAGACAUGCACACGGGCAAGAUUUAGGUACAGCUGGUAGUUGCUUGCCAAGGUUCAACGUGAUGCCAUUUUUGUUCUGUAAUAUAAAUGAAGUCUGUAACUAUGCAUCAAGAAAUGAUUAUUCCUAUUGGCUGUCAACUUCAAAACAAAUGCCUAUGGAUAUGGCUCCAAUCAGAGUGCAGGAGCUACAGCCAUUUAUAAGCAGGUGUGUUGUUUGUGAAAGUCCAGCAAUAGUCAUAGCUGUGCACAGUCAAACUAUUCAGAUCCCACCCUGCCCAAGAGACUGGAAGUCCUUGUGGAUUGGCUAUUCAUUUGUAAUGCACAGAGGCUCAGGUGCCCAGGGAUCCGGCCAAGCUUUGGCUUCACCCGGAUCAUGUUUGGAAGAAUUUCGUGUUGCACCUUUCAUCGAAUGUCACGGGAGGGGGACAUGCAACUAUUAUGCAAAUGCCUACAGCUUUUGGCUGGCAACACUGGAUCCCUCACAGAUGUUCAGGAAACCGAGGCCACAAACACUAAAGGCGGGAGAAUUGCGAUCAAUAAUAAGCCGGUGUCAAGUCUGUACAAAGUAAACGUGGACGCAAAAGGAUAUAAUGGUGCUCUUCCUAAUAAGUUUUGAGUUGUGUUAAAACAACAAUGAAGAUAAUUUAAUAUGAUUUUUCCAUGGUGCUGACUGGACUGUAACAAAUAUAACCAAUAACCUGCCACUUUGGUGAUGUUGGUAACAUUUACGAAAACAUUCACAUCAGCAAAGUAAUUAGUAACCAUCCAAAGCAAUGAAGCUGUAACUAAACUCUGCAACACCCCUACCAAUUUUCUAUUGUAAUAAUAAAUAUUUUAACCGUAUAAUGGUGCUGGUGCAGACACCAUAGAUCUCCAUGUCAUAAAAAAACUGUUGUAGGACUUUUUGGAGUUUCCUUUUUGGUCAACUGGUGAAUACAACAAACCUUUGAUUUUGUAAGCAUUUAUUUAAAAUUGUGUACCUAAUGUAGACAUGUAACUCAAACCCUACUGAAUUUGUGGAACAGAGAGCAAUUCAUAUUACUGCUGCAAGGCCAUUUUGACAAGGCAUCAUGUAUCUUUUAUGCACAGUGAUGUGCCUAUUGAAGAUGCAUGCAGAAAAAUGGUAUCUUUUCUAGGAACAGGAUUUUAGGGGUAAUUUUAGCUUUUUUUUGAUAGGUGACAAAUGAGUGGUAGUGAAUUGACUGAAAUGUUUUCCAUUGACUUAAAUUGAAUGAGUUGCAACCAUGUUUUUGUACAGCAAAAAAAAGGUUUAUGUCAUGCCUGUUGAUGCUUAUGUCAUCAAUGACGAAAGAAUUUGAUUUUAACAUGUAAAGCUGUUCUUCAUCACACUGCUGACAAUCUAAUUAUAGAUGGUUUAAGUACACAGAAUCACAGAACAAACAGAGGCUGUUCAGCCAUCAAGUCCCUGCUAAUUUAAUGCACUUCAAGUUUAAUGAAGAAGAUUUUUCCCUAUAUGAGAACUAUUGGAUAAAUGAUCCAAGUAUAAGCACCAAAGUUUUCCAAUCAUAAUCAGUUUAGCAUGGACUCCCAUAAGCUUUAUGAUCAGAAAACUGUGGUUUCCAAGCACUUUCUGUUGAAUUGUAAAGUUUAUAUUUAAAAGAUAUUCAAAAGCACUUAUGGAAGAUAAAUAUAGUAAGUCUGCAGUUUGCAUAAACUUUAUUGCAUGCACAGUUCAGUUAUUCUGAAAAGCAUACUGAAAACACACCAGCUGGCUAUUUUGUAAAAAUGCACAUGUCGUCUUGGGUCUGGAUGGUGGUUAAUGAUUACUACUGUCAGCCUGUAUUUAACACUUGAAUUAUUAUAUUGUAAAAUGUGUUGGUUUUAAUGUCACAGGGAUGUUUAUACGUGUACAAACAUAUGAGCAUAUAUGUGGCUUUGUAUUAACUUUUAUGGUUAAAAUAUAUUAAUAACAUUUGUAUGACAUUAGUGCGGCAACACAGAAUGCAAUGCACCUUUUAAGCAAUACAAUUUGCUGUUAGCUUUGUUUUAUCUCUGGUAAAAUUCUUUUGAAUCUGUCUUAAAAACAAGAGGUUCUUAAAUAAUUUUUGCUCUGUCUGACUUCAAAGAUAUUGGU